AUGGCGAACCCAAGGAAAUUUAGUGAAAAAAUAGCCCUCCACAAUCAAAAACAGGCUGAAGAAACAGCCGCUUUUGAGAAAAUAAUGCGAGAAGUUUCCGACGCAACUAAUAAGCCAGAGGAGGCGACGCUUGCAACACAAUAUGGGUUGGGUGGAGGCAGAAGCGGGGGAACUUCUCCGUCGCGAUCGCCGGGGCAGCGCGGGCGGGCGUCGUCCUCAGUGGGCCCAAUGCGGCGGCCCGCGGACCGCAAACAUGACACCAGUCCUUAUGGCAGCACUGUCUAUUUAAGCCCCCCAGCGGACAGCAACUGGCGGCGCACAAACUCGGACUCCGCACUGCAUCAGUCGUGCGCGGGCGAGCAGCCGGCGACUCCGCAGCCGCUCUCCCCCCACCACCCGCUACACUCGCACGGGCACCCGCAUCUACACCCGCACCAGAACCACCGCAGGACCGCUGACAUUCACCUGGACGUGCUAGCGACGCUAGGCAUGAGUCCAACGAACCGACCGCGAUCGUCAUGUGAAAUACCCAGGAUACCAAAUAAUAAUAAUGUGUACGAGAGUGGGGGGGACGGCGGGGGAGGCGGCGGGGGCGGUUUGGGGGCUCAACUCUCGUGUGGCGAACAGAAGAUGCCGUGCGGCUCUCUGCCCAACCUCACCUCCGUACACUUCCCCCCGCCACACCACCUGCCACAUCGGACCUCGCCCGACUACAACCAGCCUAGAUAUGAAUGGUUUCCGUCUCAGAGUCCGACGUCGCCGGGCGCGGUGUCGCCGGGCGGAGGCAGCGUCUCACCCGCCACUGGGGGCCUCUCGCCCGCGUCCGGGUCACCCGUCGGCGCGACUGUACCGCUGCCGUCUACCUUACACCACCAGUACGACCACACGUCGUCGCUGUACGAAACGCAAAAUCACUUAUCUGUACCAAACACAAAUAAUUAUCUACAUCAUAAUAAGAACAUGUCACCGCUGGACCAAGGUUGGAUCACGUCAGGUUACCAGUCCCACUGUAGUCCGCCCUCACAAUAUUCUUCUACGUCAAAUAUCAACAUACCUUCACCAACUAUGGUGCACAGUCCAGGCAGUCCUGCGGAGUCGCCACAGACUGACUACAAUCUUCACCAAGUGUUAUUACAACCGUUCGAGCAAAUUACUAUGAUGGACCAGCCCGUGUCGAAUUAUAACACGACGUAUAUCAAUCACAGUUCACCGCACUCACCACAAACAACGAACACGCCCCAUACGUACUCUCAGGCGUCAGGCACGUGUUCAACGGACUCUAGGCGAGGUGCUCGCGACCCCGUUCCUGGCGGCGGGGGGUUCGCGGCGCUGCAGCCGCUGGGUUCCCCGGCCGGGCCCCCUACCCCUGCCACGCCCGCCAGCAUACCGGACAUCAUCCUCACCGAUUACUCGGGUGAACUGGACGCAGGCAUAUUCGGCGGUGAAGAGGCGCAACUUCGUGCCGGCCUAGAUCUAGACGACCUCACUUUACUCGAAGAUACGAGCGCUUUACUACCAGAUUCGGCCGUAGAACACGAGCUCCGCCUCGACAGAUUGUAG